CGACCUACAGGCUGUCGCAAUCCUGUUUCUAUGCUUAGUCCUUGCAUAGCGCAGCUAGUGGAUGUGUGUGUUGUUUGGUUUUGUGCGGGAGCAGACGUCCACACCAGAUCCUGAAGCGCUUGCUGUGGUGAUCAACCAACAAAACAAUGCCAAUAUUGAACAAAUGUUGCUGCUGUGGCUCGCUCAGAGCUGGUGCCAUCAUUAGUGGGGUGCUUGGUGUGGUUGUUGCUGUACCAACACUGAUUCUUAUCCUUGUGUUGAAUAUAAAAAUGAAAACAAUCAUCAUUGACACACUACCACAUGAAAUAGUAAAAAUCAUCAUUGCAUUGAACCUGGUAAUGACAGUACUAAUUUCUGUUCUGCUUAUAUGGGGAGCAGUCAAGCGAAACAAGUUCAUGAUGUUGCCAUGGAUAAUGUUGUCUAUUAUGAUUGCAAUUGGUGGACUUAUUUCAGUCAUUUGGACAGCAGUAGAAUUUUAUGACAGUAAUCACAACACAACAGGAACAUUAGUCCUUGUGUUUGGACUUCUUGGUGUUGCUUUAAUGGUGUACCUGUGGCUAGUUGUACUGAGCUAUUAUCAACAACUGGUAGAAGAAUCUCAUCGUGGGACAUACGGAAAGGUACCACAUCGGCAAUAAAUCGCCAAGCAGAGAUUCCCAAUCACUGAAUUAUCAAGCAACAUUUACACAAUAAUGUGACAUAUAGCUGCAGCUGCAAAAAGGAACUUUCUCUGAAAUUAUUUCUUAACUCUUGAAUAUUUAAAUUUGAUACACAUCUACAGAUACAAAAUUAUUUUGAUGGCUCUGACUGAAAACACUCUUCCCACUAUCUCAAAGUUAUGGUGGUAUCCAACUGUUACUUCGUGCAAAUUCAGUGGCUGUAGUAUGUGGUUACUAGAUAACAUUAGUGAUCAUACAGUUAACAGUGAAAAGAAAUUACUUUUGGACCUAAUGGGGUAC